UGUACAGCUGUCAGAUACACAGAGAAGAGGAAAAGGGUGUGUGAGAGAAAUCUGCUUCUGAUUGUAAGCUACAGUGGUUGUGACAUGAUUCUUGGGAGCACUGAAGUGUGAGUGAAGCUAUUGAGAAGUCAAACAGCUGGGAGUGAAUGCUACUCUCCUUUCAAGGUUGAGUGGACCAUUAAUGAGCACAUGGGCUCUGCUAGGAAGGCUUGCCCUCACACCAUGACAGCUGACGAGUCAAAAGCUGGAGAGUUAGCUCUGGAGCCCCUGCUCACUUGCAAGCUAUGUCUCUGUGAAUAUUCUCUGGAUAAGAUGACCACUCUUCAGGAAUGCAGCUGCAUCUUUUGCACAUCGUGCCUAAAACAGUACAUGCAGCUGGCGAUUCAAGAAGGUUGUGGCUCUCCUAUCACUUGUCCAGACAUGGUAUGCUUGAACCAUGGGACCCUACAAGAAGCAGAGAUUGCCUGUUUGGUACCUGUUGACCAGUUCCAGUUAUACAAGAGACUGAAAUUUGAACGAGAAGUCCAUUUGGACCCUCAGAGGAUGUGGUGCCCCGCAGUUGACUGCCAAGCAGUGUGCUAUGUUGAACCGAGUGACUCGGGACAGCCAGUGCCAGUUGAAUGCCAGGCUUGCCACCUGAAGUUCUGCUCAUCUUGUGAGGAGGCAUGGCACCCAGCGCGCCUGUGCCAGGACAACCAAACUACUGUAGUACCGACUGAACAGGGGUCACUUAUCGGGAUGGAGAUAGAGGCACCGAUUAAGCAGUGUCCUGUUUGUCGGAUCUAUAUCGAACGCAAUGAAGGCUGCGCUCAGAUGAUGUGCAAGAACUGCAAGCACACAUUUUGCUGGUACUGUCUACAGAACUUGGAUAACGAUAUCUUCUUAAGACAUUACGACAAAGGCCCUUGCAGGAACAAGCUAGGCCACUCGCGAGCUUCGGUGAUGUGGAACAGAACGCAGGUUGUGGGGAUCCUCGUCGGGUUAGGUAUCAUAGCAUUGGUGACCUCUCCCUUGCUGCUUGUGGCAUCUCCAUGCAUCAUUUGCUGCAUUUGCAAGUCUUGCCGAAGCAAAAAGAAAAAACACAGCCCACCAACAACCUAAUCUGUGUCUGUUUGAGCCUUCAUCUGUACAGCAUAUGUAUGUGAGAAAGCACAAUGGUUGGAUUUUGGUGCCAUACCUACCAAAUAAUGUUCCCUUUUCUUUCUUUCUUUUUUUUCCUUUGGUCUAUUCUUGGGAUAAGUGCCUAUUCUUGACAGGCUACUCUAUCACUAGCGAGUCCCUCUGUGGGAAAAGCCAAUGUAUUUGUGCAGGAUAUAUGGUAUAUGUUUUUGCUUUUUAAAAAGAAAACAGGACAUCAAUCAGUAGUAGUUCAUGCCAUAAAUACGAGCCACCUUUUGAGACUGCUAGAACUUUUAGAUCUUCCAUCAGCUGCACAUGAGUUGAUCCUGCAGUAUUAUUCUGCCUUUGCAGACCCAGUCGUUACUGCCGUGCUUUCUAUUUGUUCUUGGUGACACUCAGAUCUCUCAGAAAGUUUUGGAUAUUUUAUAAAGGAGACAGAGAGAGAGAGAACGGUUCUGUUGAUUUCUUCUGCCUGCUAGCUUGUGUCCUGUUAAAGGUAACAACCUGUUAAGAAAAUGUGUUUGAUAGUUUCCUGUCAGCUAUCUGUCACAGCUUUCCUUUCACCUAUACCUGAAAGAAUUGGAGAAUAUUACAGGAAUUUUAAAGGGAGCAUACUGCCCAGACAAGAAUUCUGAUAAUUUGCAUUUCAUAACUAAGUUUAUUAUAUGGAAUAGUUUGGACUGAUUUUCUAUGAAAAUAUAUACAUGCACACAGGUACUGAACUGUAUUUUAAGAAAACCCAUGGUAUAAUAUGUCAUUGGCAUAAAGUGCUCUGUGUCACUACCAGUAAUUCAUACUGCAACAUGAACUUUAUUUAAUUACAUUAGCUAGGUGGUUUAAUUAACAGUAG